ACCGGGUUCAGGUUAGGGAAGCAGAAACCGACCCCAGCAGGAAAAUUGGUUCGUCAAGCAGCGCUGUGAAAAGCGACUGAGCUGCUUGGUUCUCGAGCUCAAAUCACCAGCAAACCACCAGCAACCCGCACCGCAUCCGCGUCCAGAUAGCUUGGGAAGCCUGCUCAGUAGCUCACACCACAGUAUCACAAUGUCAACAUCACAGACGACCGUGAUUGCAACGGCAACUGUUGCCGCAGUUGCUGCGGGCGUUCUUGCCUAUGCCGUCUACUUCGACUAUCGCCGGCGCCACAGCCCCGAGUUCAGAAGGCAAUUACGACGCAACGCGCGGCGGCAAGCGCGUGCCGAGAAGGACCAGGCCGAGGCCAACGCAAAGGCCCAAAAACAGGCGAUCAAGCAGGCCGUCGACGAUGCCAAGGAGGAGGGCUUCCCCACUAGCACCGAGGAGAAGGAGGCCUACUUCCUGGAGCAGGUCCAGGCGGGCGAGAUGUCGAGCGGAGACCCGUUCGAAGCCGCCCUGGCCUUCUACAAGGCGCUGAAGGUCUACCCGACGCCCGGCGACCUGAUCAACAUCUACGACAAGACAGUACCCAAGCCCGUCCUCGACAUCCUCGCCGAAAUGAUCGCCUACGACGGGAGCCUCCGACUCGGAACAUCCUACACCGGUCGCGGCGGCGUCGAUGUGGCGGAGCUGAUGCGCGAAAUGGGCGCUGUCCCCGGUGUCGGCUUGGACUAAAACCAGAACCCUGCCUCAACCAAGGUUGGAGGUCUUGAUAUUGAACGGCAAUCCACUCUCAGAAUCCUGGCGUCGGAAGACGGAUUUGACUCUAUCACCCCUUAGUCCACACGGCCGCAGCCGGCGUUUGACGGAGCCUCAACUGCUUUGUACGAUACGACACGGUCGCCUGGACUACGAAGUCACAGGAGA